UUCACACUUCCUUCGAGCAGCUCUCUAUUGCAGCCAUUUUGAUUUGGAACCGCAUCGCCGGGAGAGAAACUGACUGGAAAAGAAAUUGAAGGUGUGAUUACGGAGAGGGGUGAUGUGGGACCAAGGAGGACAGCCUUGGCCGCAGUGGCCUCUGAGCCAGCAGCAGUGGAUGCAGUCUUUUCAACACCAGCAUGAUCCAGGUCAAGUGGACUGGGCUGCUCUGGCACAGGCAUGGAUAGCCCAGAAGGAGUCCACAGGAGCACAACAGCACAGCGUCCAGCCAAACGGUCAGGACAUCCCAGGCCUGGAAACCGUGGGACAGAGUAACCAUGGAGCCUUCCAGGGUGACCCAGCAUUUGGCAGAGUGUGGCAGCCAGAGUGGGGAAUGCAUGGUCAGCCCCCUCCUCCUCCUCCACCCCCAGACCAGACCUGGAUCCCUCCGGGCUCAGGACCAAUGGAUGUGGUGACCCCCAGCGAGGACAGCAACAGCCAGGACAGCACAGAGUUCAACUCUGAAGCCCACCACGGGGUUUACCCCCAGAACAGCCAUGGGUAUGGGGCACAGCCCGACAGCUACGCCAUGGCCCCCAUGGCCAUGAACCAGUUUGAUUAUCAGCAUGGAGCUGCUUCAUCCUUCACUCCUGCUCCGUCAGGCUUUCACUCUCCAUACUGGCAGGGUCCUCCUCAGAACAGACGAGACACCCGGCCACCAGGCUUUAGAGACCGGCCCAGAUCCCCUGUCCAGCUCCCUGUUAAACCAGAGGCUCCUGUUCCCCUUGAUGCUGUGAAAAGACGAACGCUUCCAGCGUGGAUCAGAGAAGGCCUUGAGAAGAUGGAUCGAGAGAAGCAGAAGAAGCAGGAAAGAGAGCGAAUGGAAAAGGAGCGCGUUGACAUGGGCCAAGACGAUGGCAAAGAGCUUGAGACCUAUGUGGAAGGGGAAGGGCCACAUGUUCCCCGCAAGAGUAAAUUUGAUAGCGAUGAUGAAGGAAACGACGACAAUGAGGAGGAAGAGAAGAUCUCCAUUAAAAGAGAAUUUUCUCUCCGGACGCCGUCACCUCCUGCAGAUGACAGCGAACCUGAACUGACUGAAGAGUUAAAGGAAGAGCUGCUGAUGGGCAUCACAAAAACUCUUCUGACAGAGAUCCUCCUUGCAGUCACCAACGAAGAGAUUGUAAACGUGGCUCGAGAGACUCACAGGAAAGCCACUCGAGCUCCUGCAAAACAGCUGGCACAGUCAAGUGCACUGGCUUCUCUGACUGGUCUCAGCGGGCUUGGUGACUAUGGUUCAGAUGAAAGUGAGGAUGAGGAUGGACGCAGUGCCAGAGGAUCCGAAUCUUCCGACACAGAUGAGGAAGAGUUGCGCCACCGCAUCCGGGAGAAGCAGGACGCUUUCCGUCGCAAAGAGCGGGAGAUGCAACAGCUGCAAGAAAAAAUGGCCCAAGAGGCUCUGCUUGCACGAGAGGAGUUGGCGAAGGAGAGAUUGAGCAGAGAAAGGGGGGAAUAUGAUGACGGUCAGUUAGAAAAUUCACACAAACAGGAAGUAAAGGAGAGGGAGCCGGAGGCCUUGGCAGACAGGCGUAGAUCCCGUAGUGAGAGAGAGGGCAGUGAGGGAAAGCACUCUGGCCGAGGGAAGGAGCGAUCAGGGCGAGGUGGCAGCAGCUCCCCGGCCAACGGACACAGUAGCAGCUCCCGCUCCUCCUCCAGUCGCAGCAGCUCCCGCUCUUCUUCCACCUCUUCAUCCUCCUCAGCAUCCUCUCGUAGUUCUUCUCGGUCCUCUUCCCAACGAAGGAAGAGGAGGCGUAGCCGCUCCUCGUCCCAUAAGGCUCGGCGGCGCAGCCGCAGCCACAGCUCCCACAGGCGUCGUAGCGUGAAGAGCAGGGACAGGAGGCGGAGCAGCGCAGAGCGAUCAGGCCGCCACAAGAAAGAUCGCAGCGAUUCCAGGGAGCGUAGAAGUCGUAGGAGUAGAUCCCGAUCCAGAGACCGAGAUAGAGGCAGGGGCAGAGCCAGAGACAGCCGCAGUCGCAGCCGAGACAGAGGGAGGGAUAAGGAGAGGAAAAGGAGCCGGGAGCGCAGGGACAGCAGUCACAGUCGUAGCAGCAAACACAAGCAAAAGGCCUCCAGCAAAGACAGAGACAGGAAGAGAGAAAGGAGUCGAAGCCAUGACAAAGACAAGAAAAAGAAGGAUAAAGACAAAGAUAAGGAUAGAGAAAAAGAGACCGACAAAAAGAAAGAAAAGCCAAAGGCCAAAGAGAAGGAGAAGGAAAAAGGAAGCUCUGUAACUGCAGAGGAUGGCAAAUCAAAGAAAAGGAAAGAGACUGACUCAUACACAGACUCCCAGAGUGAAAAGCGCUCACGACUAGAUAGCAAAGCCAACAAGAAGAGCUCCAGCAAAGCUAGCAAGAGGCGCUCAGACUCCGACUCUAGUAGAUCCCCCACCCCCGAAGUUAGCAAGGAAAAGAAAUCUAAGAAAUCCAAACGUAGUCGCUCAAGGUCGACGGAAAAAUCUCACAAGUCUGGUAAGAAGGCAAGCCGCAAACACAAGUCUAAGUCUCGAUCAAGGUCAGCAUCACCGUCCCGUCGUAGCAGGCGCUGAGGAGCACAGUUAACAUCCAGAUCUGUGCACUGUACCAUUUUAAAUUCCAUGAGUUGAGCAGGCUUGUCUCAUUAUAGAGGCAGUUGUGUAGGUGAACACCCCCCUCAUACAUUUCUUUUAAUGUAAAUAUGUUUUUUUUUAACGUGUGACUGCAGAACAAGACAUUUUGAAUGGUGGAAAUUUCCAUUAUGCAAAGUUUAUUCACACUAAAAUCUGAAGAUGUAUCAUUUUAAAACAUUGACAAUUAAUUUCCCCCUCCACACACACAUUAUUGUAAGAUGUCCAAUAAAACUGUUUGUUCCGUG